CUUUGGAUAGCGUGCGCAAAACAUUACCGAUAAGCCUGCCGUGUGAAUGCGCCAUGCCUCGCUAUACUGUCCACGUCAGGGAUGAGUGGCUGACAGUGCCAUGUAGAGACCCGUCCUACACCAUACAGUGGCUGGGUUUGGAGGCCCUCAAGCGGUACACCAAAAACAAACCAGACAACGGGGGCAUCAAAUCCGUUAAAGACACCAGCUUCGCUGCGCGGAGAUGUCAAGGACAAGGGCUACUGGACGCCGAUGACACAAUCGAGGAUGUAUUGGAGGACAAUGAUUUUGUCGAACUGGUCAUUGAUGGAGACACCAUGUCACCUGACUUCAUACCAUCCCAACCUGGAAUAUCACAUCUCACAACGACAUAUAGAGAACCAGAGAGUUAUAUAUUAUUGGAUGGCAACAGUCUCACAUCGACAGACCUGGUCAAUCUGGGAAAAGGACUCUACAAAAUUAGGCUCACACAAGAGGCACAGAGUAAAGUGAUGCAAUCCAGAGAGCUGCUGGACACGAUUGUCAAAGAAAACAGAGUCGUGUAUGGAAUCACUACUGGGUUUGGGAAGUUUGCCAGAACUGUCAUCCCAGUCAGCAAGCUCAAGGAGCUACAGGAGAACCUGCUGCGAUCACACUCAGCAGGUGUGGGCAGCCCGCUGAGCCCAGAGAGAACCAGGAUGCUUCUGGCUCUGAGGAUCAACGUUCUGGCCAAAGGAUACAGCGGCAUCUCCUUGGAAACCCUCCAUGCGAUGAUCGAGGCUUUCAAUGCUUCCUGUCUGUCCUUCGUCCCUGAAAAGGGGACGGUUGGUGCCAGCGGAGACCUCGCCCCCCUGUCCCACCUGGCCCUGGGACUCAUGGGAGAGGGAAAGAUGUGGUCGCCAAAGAGUGGUUGGGCCGACGCCAAAUAUGUGCUAGAGGCUCAUGGGCUGAAGCCUAUAUCACUGAGGCCUAAGGAGGGCCUGGCUCUGAUAAACGGGACUCAGAUGAUCACGUCUCUGGGUGCAGAGGCUGUGGAGAGAGCCCUGGCCAUCGCCAGACAGGCUGACAUCGUCGCUGCUCUCACCCUGGAGGUGCUGAAGGGGACGACCAAGGCCUUCGACAGUGAGAUCCACAUGCUGCGUCCGCACCCAGGCCAGGCGGAAGUAGCGUUGCGCUUUCGCUCACUGCUGGACUCGGACCACCACCCGUCCGAAAUCGCAGAGAGCCACAGGUUUUGCGACAGGGUCCAAGACGCGUACACCAUGCGCUGCUGUCCUCAGGUACAUGGCGUGGUUAUUGACACAAUAAACUUUGUGAAGAAUAUCAUCAACACAGAAAUUAACAGUGCCACGGACAACCCUAUGGUUUUCUCAGAGCGAGGAGAAACCAUUUCUGGAGGGAAUUUCCAUGGGGAAUAUCCAGCUAAAGCCCUGGACUACCUGGCCAUCGGGGUGCAUGAGCUGGCCUCCAUCAGUGAGAGGAGGAUCGAGCGUCUCUGUAACCCAUCUCUGAGUGAAUUGCCUGCCUUCCUGGUCAAUGAAGGGGGUCUGAACUCAGGGUUCAUGAUCGCACACUGUACUGCUGCGGCUCUAGUGUCGGAGAAUAAAGUGCUGUGCCACCCCUCUUCUGUGGACUCCUUGUCCACCAGCGCUGCCACUGAGGACCACGUGUCCAUGGGAGGCUGGGCAGCCAGGAAGGCCCUGAGAGUGGUGGAGCAUGUGGAGCAAGUUCUCUCUAUCGAGCUGCUCGCCGCCUGCCAGGGUAUCGAGUUCCUCCGCCCCCUCCGUACAACCACCCCAUUGGAGAAAGUCUACGACCUUGUGCGCACCGUGGUGAAGCCUUGGAUUAAGGACCGUUUCAUGUCCCCGGACAUAGAGGCUGUCCACCGACUGCUCCUGGACCAGAAGGUGUGGCAGGUGGCUCACCCCUACAUACAGAAGUACCAUGUGGAACACAUUCCUGAAUCCCGCCCCGAAUCCCCAACCGCCUUCUCGCUGGAGUCCCCGACAUCGCCCAGGAAACGCAUUCGCCUUGACGUGUGAUGCAAAGAUGUGACUUUUUCUUUCUCUCAAAUUUUUAAUUUUGAAGUUAAAACAUUGAAAUCUUCAGCAAUACUUCCACCAUGUGUCUGCAACGUCACAGCAAUGUUGUGAAGAUAUCAUGUACUCACUAUAAGCAGGGGCAAACAAGCUAAGGGUUUGUGGCAUAAAACUGAGUAUAAUUACUGUAUAAGUUUUCACUAUGGAAAUGGAAUAUACUAGUAUAUCGCAAAUUAAAAAAGAAUAACUUUUUUGAAAAUAAAAUGGUAAAUUCUACAAUAAGGUUACAUGAAUUAGCAUUAACUAAUGUAGCUGUUAACAUGAAUUUAUGAUGUACAAAUACAAUAAGCAUGACAUUACCUUUUCAUAAGUUGUAUUUACUAACUAAUGUAUUAACUGUCGGAUAAACUUAUAAUUGGUUUGCCAUUGACAAAUACAUUAACAGUUCUUUUUUUCAUUACAACAUGAAUUUGCAUAGAAUAGAACUAACAUAGCAUGAAUUAAUGAUAUACAAAUACAUUAACAGAACUGUACAGAUGAGCUUCUCAGUUAAUUAGCUAGCAGCUACUUUAGUUCAUUACAAUUCAUGUAACAUGAUUGUAAAGUGUUGCCUAUAAAAUAGUACAUUUCACAGCAGUGUAUUGAAAAAAAAGAUACCUGAAAGUGGUUAUAAUGUGCAUAUUUGCCCAUAUAUUGUAUUGCGAAGUGUUACACCUUGACCAUAUGUAUCAUUUCAUUAUACUCAGUGUAUAAUCAGUAUAUUCCAUUUCUAUAGGGGUCAGUUGUUCACUGGUGGCAUGAUUAAAGAGAACAUAAACACAUGCGUCACGCGGGAAGUAUGCAGAGCAAGUGCAGCCAGGGAUCUCUAAUGUAGCCUCAAUCAGAUACAUACAGGCACUUUUUCCAUAAUCAGCCAAUCAGUACACACGCAUUCCAUAGUCAGCCAAUCACAUACUCACAUGUUCCCGUAAUCAGCCAAUACGUACUCAUGCAUUUCAUAAUCAGCCAAUCAAAGUCGUGCACACGCAUUCGAUAAUCAGCCAAUCACGUACACACGCAUUCCAUAAUUGGCCAAUCACGUACAGACAACAUAUUUUCUCAUUCCCAUCCAAUCACAGGCAUACAUCACUAAUGGAGUGCCCUCUUAAUUCAACAGUCAGAAAUCCCCUGUACCACUUCUGCAUGCUUUGCUUGCUAUGGCACUAUUGCUGCUUGGAACUUUUGUUUGGGUCUGCUUCUAGGUACUAGAGAGGGGGGUGGGUUCUGGUAUUCUGGAAUUCUUCCGGUUUAGUAGUAUUGUGCUCCAUGUCUAUCUAUCUAUCGAUCUAGCCUGUUUCUAUCAACAAAUAAGGUCUGCUGUAGUACUGUACCUGAAGCAGAUCCAUUCAGUGCCAAACCUAAACAAAGUUUUACUUACAUAUUUAUUAAUCUAAAUACGCAAGUUGUCCUGACUGAAAUGACAUAUGCGGUUUCUACCUCAAAGCUUUUUACAAUACAGAUUUAACAUUGGGUAAAGGCUCUUACCACCUGUAGAGGUUGGGCUCUCUAGGUAGAAAUCUAUGACUGGGAGUAAACAAAGGUGGGACAUUAUGGGUUUAAUUUCAUUCUGAACAAAUCCAAUCUUAAAUCUAUAUGUGGGUUCAUGUCGGGACUGCCAGUAGUGCACAAAAUGGCCACUGGCUCAUGGGGAAAAGCCACAGACGCUUCAGUGCAUACGCUUCAGCUGCUGUGCUCUUUCCAUAGGGUUGGGAGGCACACUUGGCAAUCCCAGACUGGAGAUAAAUAAAAUGAAAUCAUUACAAAAUGAGCUUGUGAUUGAAAUAAUGUCAACUGUUGUGUGAAUAUUUGUUUAUUUUAGUCAAGUCUUAUCCUUGAAUUGAAAUUGGUAUCAAAAUUGGUCUGCAGUCUUUCCUUCAAACUGCCCGUUCCUUCACAGUAUGCAUCAGGGAUCUCAGGCUUAACGUAGGAUUUCAGCACUAUUCUAUGUGAUUGGCUACACAUGCUUUUGUCCCAGGGCUAGGAUUGCCAUUUCAGAUCAAAGCUCUAUACUUUACACUAACAUUAACAUGAGCAUUACUGAGCAAAUAAUCUUUCACCUUUCUUCUCUUAUCAAAGUUAAGAUAUAACAGUACAGUAUAGGACUCCAUCUGUUCACACCAGUUUGAUUAACAUUCAAUGCUGAUUAAUGAUAUGCACAUGAUCAUCAGCCAUUGUACAAUACCGACACAACAAACUCCAUAUUAUUGAGCCAAGGGAUUGCAGCUGCAUAAAUAAGUUUAGUUUUAGCAUGGGUCUGUUCUGAGUUACAUGCAUAUCGAAUGACAUCUUGCGAUGUGUUUAAACAUUGUACAAUAGAAGAACAAUUGUUCCCUUUGAAAAAAGUGUCAAAGAAAACCCUGUCAUUCAAAGCUGUGGAUUGAACAUGACCGAUCAGUUCAAAUACAGCUAAAACCAAAACUAAUAUUUUUCAUCAGCCAUUUAAACGAACUAUGGAUAAAACUAUAUACGUAUUUACAUAUUGCCUACCAGUUGCAUGGAUGUGUUCAAGUUCAAAUACAGCUGACCUACAGACAUUUGUUGCCUAUCCAUUGAAAAUAAAUGAAUACUCUCCCA